AUGACUAAAAAACCAAGAGAGUUUGGACUGAUUAUUCUGUUAUUCAUAGUAAAGCAUGGAAACGCUGCAGUCGCUACACCAACAGCCGCUCCACCAACAGCCGCUCCACCAACAUCCGUUGCAACAACAACCACUGCACUACCAGCCGCAACCAAGAUUACUACCGUGAAUACAGCAUCUACAACUAUUACACCUCCAGCAAAUGUUACCAGUAAGCUUCCAAUGAAUACAACAACGUCAUCUCCUUCAUCAACAACAGUACCAACAGGACCAACACAAACUACAGUACCAAAAACAACACCAACAACAACAACGACAACACCAAAACCUCCUGAUACGUGCUACAUGUAUGAAAUUUCAUGUAACAAAGCAGCUUGUCCGGACGUGUAUGAGAACAAAACAGUUCACUUUCCGAAUAACGUUAAGAUGUGUGAUCGUACAGAUACAGGAUAUUGUUUCGUUAAUAAGAUAGUCGACUCGAAAAAUGAAAGCAUUGCUAACUAUACCAUGGGAUGUAUUACAAGCUGCACCAAUCAAAAAAACAUCUUUGGUUGCUGUCGGGACCAUUUAUGCAACAAGGAUCUAUCUUUGCUCAAUAGUGGGCAAUAUGUGAAAUACAAUUUUCUGAUGUCUGUGAUUUGUAUAGCUAUAAGUCUUUUCUGAUCGAAUACUUUUGAAAGAUUCACUGUAUACGAACAAUAUAAUUGCGGAUUCAGACAGGUCAAAA